AUGGAGGCCCAUCUAUGUGUCCAACUGGGAAACAUUGCCUUGGAUGGCGUGCGCCAUAAUGAAGCUGUUGAACACUUCACUGCUGUUGUCAAUGCUAGCACUUUCUUUUACAAAUCGCCAAUUCAUUUGAUGUACGAUGAAUUUGUCGUGCUCUUUGGCUGGGACCUCAAGUCCUGGUGGCAAACUGCGAAGCAACAACAGUGUUGCGCAUUCUUUCGAGCAGGUAGUUUUGGAGAAGCCAUCGAAUUGUAUCAGUCAAUGAUGGAUAAGAUUGAUGAGGACAUGAAGGCUGACUUGCAUGCUUGGUUUGCUGCUCUCGAGUAA